UGGCUUCAAGUUAAAAUUCUUAUAACGUUAAACAAUUUAAAAGUUAUUUUUAUACUUGUUUUUUAGAUUUUUCAAUAUAACUCCUUUUUUAUUUGAAAAAUGAAAAACGAAAGUGAUGAUUUUGAUGAAGUACCUGUUGGAACACCAAGAGAAGAAAGGCUUGCUAGGAGACUUAAAGUUAUUGAUGUUCCUGCAUCAAGUUCAUCUGACAACGAUUCAGAUAUUGUUAUGCUUCAAAAUUCUUUUCAAGAAUUGUAUUCUCCAGUUUUAAAUGUUGUUAGUAAUCAUUCUUCUAUUCCGUCGUUAUCAUCUUCCAAUGUCGUAAAUAGUGAUAAUGAUGAAUCGUCAUUUUCUAGAUCAUAUAUUUCUUUACAGCCAGAGGUGAUUGCCACUGCUAAUCAAUCAACAAGACCAAAAAUCCAAAUUCAGAAUAGGGCUACAUUGUUAGUUGGUGGAACUCGUUUCAAUAUAAACCCUCAUAUAUUUAUGAAGCAUCCAAAUACAAUGUUAGGAAGAAUGUUCACAUCAGCCAGCAAUUACUUAAGAGUAAAUGAACACGGUGAAUAUCUUGUUGCUGAAGGUGUCUCUCCAAAUGUAUUUCAAAUAAUCUUGGAAUACUACAAAAAUGGCAAAAUGGUUUGUCCAUCAACAGUUCAUGUUUCAGAAUUAAGAGAAGCGUGUGACUAUCUUCUUGUUCCAUUCAGCCAUGAAUCUCUUUCAUGUCAAAAUUUAAGUGAGUUACUGCAUGAACUUUCAAAUGAUGGUGCAAGAGUUGAGUUUACCAGUCUUUACAUCGAAGGUUAUAUAUUACCCAAGAUGAUUGAGAGUGCUAAGAAAGGUAACAGGGAAUGCCACUUAGUUGUGCUUAAAGAUGACGACACAAUUGAAUGGGGAGAGUUUCCUCCAAGCACUGGAGAAGAGUUUGCUGAAAUUAUCUAUAGUUCUAAGUUGUAUCAUUUUUUUAAAUACUUUGAAAACCGAGAUGUUGCAAAAGAGGUAUUAAAAGAAAGAGGUUUAAAAAAAGUAAAAUUGGGUAUUGAAGGUUACCCAACGCAUAUGGAGAAAGUCAAAUACAAACAACAUGGAAAACCUGAUGUUGUGUAUAGUUAUAUACAGCGACCCUUUGUGCACAUGUCUUGGGAGAAAGAAGGAAGUAAGAGUCGACAUGUAGAUUUUCAGUGUGUGAAGCCUAAAUAUAAUUCAGUUGGACCCAAUCCAGAUGAAAUAGUUCCUUUUGGUGCUGCUGUUAUAGAUAUUGAUAUCCCAACUGCUCUCUUGACAGAUCAAGGAGACUAAAUUUAUGGGUCGAAUUAGUUUUGAAGAAAGAAGAAUCUUAUUCGAAAUGGCGUGAUCCUCAGCGGCUUUCGGUCAUUCAAAUACGUUAAUUGUGUGGUUGAGAAUAAAAAAGUUGAUUGUUAUAUCAUUUUAAAUUUGUUAGCUCUAAACACAAAAAUUGUUGUUAAAUUCAAGCAUGAGUUUUAUCGGUUUUUUUAUUGGUUUAUAUAUGAUAUUAACAUUUGUUUAUAAUAUAUAUAUUUGUUAUUUUUUUUAUAACCUCUACUUUAGAAUAUUGUAUUUUUAGUUAUUCAAACAAUCUUCUUAUUCGAAUUUUAAUAUACAAUAUACUAAAUAUUGUAAUUGUUUAUGAAAAAUUACUAUUUAAUUUAAUAAACAUCGAACUUUUCUAA